GGGGGCGGGGCGAGUCGGCCUCUAGGGUAGCUGAAGGUUGAAGGCGCGCACAGAGAUUACUCCAGGACAUCAAUUUUCAGAUGUUUUGAUGUUUGGGCCAGAACUCUCUUACGAAGCACAGACACCGAUGAGCUCAGCCUGCCCUCAUAUACGCAGACAUGCUCACCAUUUGCGGUGAAACAUUAUCGUGUGACACAAAAUAAAAGUAACAGGUCUAUGGAUAGGGAGAUAUUACCUCCCCAGAAGAAUCAUACUUAAGUUCCAAAAGGAGAGAUUCACAAAUUGUGUCUGGGCACCAUGGAGCUUGUAGGCUCUACUUUAACAGCUACUUAUGCCCACCCUCAACCAGCACCAACCAGUUUCCUACCAGCUGUUGGUACCGUGACAUCGAGCUAUCGGGACCGCUUUCCCCAUCACAAUUUGGCACACAGCUUGAGCCUUCCAUGGAGACCGAACACGUACUAUAAAACAGUCUCCAACUACCCAACGUUGUCCCCUUACUGCACGAGAGCUCAGAGGGUGUGUGAGAGCACCAUGCUCCCCUUCGUGUCCAACAGAACCACCCUCUUCACGAGGUAUACUCCCGACGAUUGGUAUCGCUCCAAUUUAGUCAACUACCAAGAGUCCAAUAGCUCACGGCAUAAUUCAGAGAGAUUCCGAGUGGACACAUCUCGCCUCAUUCAAGACAAAUACCAGCAAAUCCGGAAGACCCAGGUUGACACCACCCAAAACUUGGGAGAACGUGUCAAUGACAUAGCAUUUUGGAAAUCUGAAAUCACACAUGAGCUGGAUGAAAUGAUUGGAGAGACAAAUGCUCUUACUGAUUUGAAGAGAAGGCUGGAGAGGGCUUUGAUGGAGACCGAAGCCCCUCUGCAGGUUGCCCGAGAGUGUCUCUUUCACCGCGAGAAGAGAAUGGGAAUCGACCUAGUUCAUGAUGAAGCCGAAAAAGAACUGCUGACGGAAGUUGAUGCCAUUCUGUGUUGUCAAGAAAGAAUGAGGCGACAUCUGGAUAAGGCAAUUGCCCAACUCGCCUCAGACAGAGCAGCCCAGCACGAGCUGGAGAAAGACUUGAGCGAUAAACAAACAGCCCUCCGCAUCGACGGGAAAUGCAAGGACCUGCGCAACACUUCGGAGGGCGUCAGCUACUUCCGGGGAGUGGAGAGAGUUGACGCAACGGUGUCUGUGCCCGAGUCGUGGGCCAAGUUUACAGAUGACAAUAUUCUCCGCUCCCAGAGUGAGAGGGUAGCCUCCACCAAGCUGAGGGAUGACAUUGAGAACCUCCUGGUUGUGACAGCCAAUGAGAUGUGGAACCAGUUCAACAAAGUGAACUUGGCUUUCACCAAUCGCAUUGCCGAGACCGCAGACGCUAAGAAUAAGAUCCACGUUCACCUAUCGAAGACCCUGCAGGAGAUCUUCCAGAUCGAAAUGACUAUAGAAUCCAUCAAAAAGGCCAUCAAAGAAAAGUCUGCCUUCCUGAAGGUGGCUCAGACCCGGCUGGAUGAACGGACAAGGAGACCGAACAUAGAGCUGUGUAGGGACACGGCUCAGUUACGCCUUGUUAACGAGGUCUAUGAGGUGGACGACACCAUCCAGACUCUGCAGCAGCGCCUAAGGGACUCAGAGGACACCCUGCAGUCCUUGGUCCACACCAAAACCAUCCUGGAGCAAGACCUGGCUGUGAAAGCCAACACCCUGUACAUCGACCAGGAGAAAUGCAUGAGCAUGCGCAAAAGCUACCCCAAUACCCUGCGGCUGGUUGGCUUCUGCUAGGGACCCCGGGAAGAAUGGUUUUCAGACCCCUAAAAUAAUGCUAGAAGCAAAGCCCUACCCCAGCAUCUAAAUGAGUGUGAAUGUAGUCACUAUUAAAGGGUUGUUGUGAUAGAAACACCACA